AUGGGAUUUAAAGACACAUUGACGGAUGCUUCGCGGUAUCGCAAUGCAUACACCCUUGCCUUUUCUGCAUCCUUGGGCUCCAUCUUCUUCGGCUGGGACACUGGACUCAUGGGUGGCAUUUUAACCCUCAAGUCUUUCCAGAACUACUUUGGAAUCAACAAGUUGUCCGCAUCUGCUCAAGCAAAUUUCAAUGGAAAUAUUGUGUCAAUUAUGCAGGCGGGAUGCUUCUUCGGUGUUCUAUUGACUGGUUGGGCUUCUAGUCGCUUUGGACGGAAACGGUCCCUGAUUGCUUCGGGUGUCAUAUACAUCAUCGGAAGCUUAAUCCAGGCCGUCACUGGCCUAGGGAGCAGUCAGGCAGUCGCUCUUAAAGUGCUCUAUUUCGGUCGUGUCUUUGCUGGCAUCGGGGUGGGCAUGGUAUCCGCUUUGGCACCCUCAUAUAUAUCAGAGUGCAUGCCUAGACACAUCAGGGGGAGGUGUACUGGCCUUGUCCAGUUCUCUGAUAACAUCGGAAUGAUGUUGGCCUUCUGGGUGAACUACAGUGCUUCCAUUAAUAUCCCAUCUAGCGACUUGCAAUGGCGAAUGCCUUUCAUAGUUCAGAUGGUCCCGGGCGUCCUCUUCGUCCUCUUUAUGCUCCCACAGCCUGAGUCACCUCGUUGGUUGGUCGAGCGGGAACGUUAUGAUGAGGCCGCAAGCACCCUUGCAUACGUCGCUCGAACAUCAGUCGAUGACAAAUCCGUCCUUCUUACACUCGACGAGAUCAAAGCGGACUUCAUCGGCAAGCAGCGGAUAUCUUUGGGCACCCAGUUCCGCAUGAUGGGAGAGUCACGUCAGACUGCGCUUCGCUGUUUGAUCCCAUCCAUCCUUACCUUCUUCCAGCAAUGGACUGGUACCAAUGCCAUCAACUACUUCAGCCCGCAGAUCUUUGCCGCGCUUGGUAUUACCGGUACAGCAUCUGGCCUAUUUGCAACAGGGAUAUACGGUGUCGUGAAAGUCGUCGCGGUUGGUCUUACCCUAGCGUUUGCUGUGGAAGGCUGGGGUCGCAAGAUGUGUCUCUUCGUCGGUGCCCUGGGGCAAGGUUUGAUGAUGCUCUGGAUCGGCGGCUUCGGUGCCAUCCACCCGCAACCCACGAUUGUUCCUGCGAGUUAUGUGUCAAUCAUCGCCGUCUACCUCUACGCUGUAUUCUAUUGUCUCGGCUGGGGACCUCUGCCGUGGGUCGUGGCCAGCGAAGUUGCCCCUAAUCAUGUCCGCGCAGCCGCACUUACCGUCGCGGUCGGUGUCAACUGGCUAUUCUCGUUCACGAUUUCACGCCUGACGCCGGUGAUGCUCGAGAAGAUCACCUACGGGACGUUUUUGCUCUUUGGCGUGUGCUGCAUUAUCAUGGCAGCAUGGACGUAUUUCUUGCUGCCUGAGACGAAGGGGUACGCACUGGAGGACAUCAAGUAUUUGUUUGAGAAGGAUGUGAUAGUGAGAUCUUUGGAGGAUGCGCCUGGGGGACGCGUGUUCCUUGGACGCAGGCGAGCGACUCCUGUGAAGGAAAUGAGGAGAGCAGCAGAUCUGCAUGAUUCGAGCGUCAUUUCGCGGAAGGGGGAUGAGGAGGAGUAUAUUGAAGUAUCUGAUCUGCAGAUUUAA